UGGCACUUGUAACACGUAACAAGCAUGAAGGUGAUCUGGGGUUUUGUGGCACUGUUGGCUACUGCUAAUGCAUGUGGUGUGCCGACCUACCCAGCACGCACUGCCGGGAUGACCCGGGUUGUGGGCGGGGAGGAUGCAGCUCCACACAGCUGGCCGUGGCAGGUUUCUCUGCAAACCUCGGACAACGCGCACUACUGCGGAGGUGUUCUCAUCCACGAGGACUGGGUGUUGACUGCAGGGCACUGUCUUAGAUCAGACUUUGAGACACACAAGGUUGUUCUGGGCGAACACGAUCGUAGCAGCGAUUCUGAGUCCAUUCAAGAACUCCAGAUUGAGUCUGCAUUCCGUCAUGAGGACUUUGACUUCCAGACCAUCCAAAAUGAUAUCAUGUUGCUGAAGCUGCGAACGUCGGCCGCCCUUGGUGACCGUGUUCACACGGUCUGCCUGCCGGGCCAGGGGGAGACCCACACCGGGCCCUGCUGGAUUACUGGCUGGGGGCUGAACGGGACCAACGCAGGCGACGGUCUUGCAGCCGUACUUCAGCAAGCGGAGCUGUCCCUAAUCAGUGACGCCGACUGUAGCAGCCUAUGGGGACCGGUCUUCAACCCGUCCUGUAUGAUCUGUGCCGGUGCUGCGGACAAAGCAGGAUGCAUGGGAGACUCUGGCGGCCCUGUCGUGUGUGAGAACACAGCCGGUGGGUAUGACGUCAUCGGUCUGGUGUCGUUUGGUGAACGGACGUGCGACCCCUUCUACCCGACGGGCUUCGCGCGCGUGGCGGCCUUCCGUGAUUGGAUCGACCAAACCAUGGCGCUCAACUGA